CAUGGCUAUUCGUGUUCCUCGUAUAAUCAAGAAGUCAUCAACAUCCUUGGAUGUUCCCAAGGGUCAUUUUGUUGUAUAUGUUGGGGAGAAGCAGAGGAAGAGAUUUGUGAUACCGAUAUCAUACUUGAGUCAGCCUUCAUUUCAAGAGUUGCUAAGUCAAGCAGAGGAAGAAUUUGGGUUCGAUCAUCCAAUGGGUGGUGUAACAAUUCCCUGCUCAGAGGACAUCUUCAUUGACAUCACUUCUCACUUUAGGAUUUAAAAAUAUAGUUGAGAAUU